UUGAUGAAAAAUAUUAUAUAGUUUUAAUGGUAUUUAUUGCGAAGGGUCCACAGCAUACUACUGCUAACUGUGUCUCGAAAUGAUAUUAAUAAAACGCUUAACACUUUGGAAAAUAUAUUGGAUAAGUAAUGAAGAUCAACAAAGAAAAGACAAAAACAAUGCCGAUAAGUAAAGUAAAUAAUAAUGAUGAAAUACAAGUCAAACUAAGAAACAAUCAUAUACGACAAGUUAGUGAGUUUUUCUAUCUAGAAAGCAUAAUUACGAAUAAAAAUCAAUCAGCUGCAAAUAUAUAGAAAAUAAUAGCUCUUGCUAAACAAGUUUUCUUCAAGAAGUACAAAAUACUUAGUAAUAAACAUCUUAAGAUUGAAAUUUGUAAAAAGUAUAUUAAAACUUUUGUAUGGAGUGUUUUAUGUUAUAGAUGUGAGACAUACACAAUGAUACAGAAAGAUAAAAACAAAUUAUGGGAGAUGAUUAAGAUCAAUUGGAUGAAAUUAAAAUCAAAUGAAAGAGUUCUAGAAAAAGUAGGUGAGAGAAGAAGUCUAAUGAUUAACAUAAUGGAAAGGAAAAUUAAGUUUGUUAGACAUAAUCUUAUACAUCACAAUGAUUUUCUUAAUGACAUAUUUUAUGGAAGACCAAUGGGACGAAGACCAAGAGGAAUACUUAGAAUUAAUUAUUUUCAUGAUCUAGAAGAAAAGAUGGCCUGCACAUCCUACCAAGAGCUAAAGGACGCAGCAAAGGACACACGUGGCUAAUCUAACAAGGUGCUGCCUUCAGGACAUGAUGAUAAAUGGUAUUUAUAUUAUAAUUGUUAAAUUUAUCAAUCGUAUUUCUUAAUUAUUGACAACGGCAUGGACUUUAUUAUCAAAAGAUUCGCUGUUUGAAAACUUAAGCAUUUUAAACAUUAAUUCGAUAAAUUGACCAAACUUUAAAGUCACUUAAAAAGCAGUUAUACUUAUAUCACAAUUUAACACGAAAUUAAAAUGCAUUAAUUUAAUGGAAAUACAUUGCGCUGACCUUAAAUAUACUGCAGCAAAAGUGCUAUAGGUACCUACACAUUAUUAUUAUAUUAUUUGAACUACACGCCCGAGUUUUAACAAUUAUUAAAAAAAAAAUAAUAGCAAUAAAAAAUCAACAAUAGAUAUAAUUACUCGUUAUAAUUCUGCUUUAAUUGGGGGAAAACAGUACAUUAUUUAUUUUAACCUUGGCCA